ACUAUCCUCUCUUCUCAUCACCCUAAGUUCUUGACCCUUCGCCUAAAACCCUCUUGCAAAGAAUUCCAUCCACUAAUUUCAAUGGCAACCAUGGCUACAACUCUCAACUCUUCUCCUAAGCCAUCAUUCUUAGAGACCAAGUCCUCUUUCCAUGGCUCCCCUAUCCUUUCUCGUGUUCAGCCAGUCAAGUCUUGCCCGCAAAACUUCUCGGUCACAAUGUCUGCAUCCACUCCACAGUACAACUUUGAUGCCUUCAAGUUUCAACCAAUUCAAGAAUCCAUUGUUUCGCGAGAAAUGACUAGGAGAUACAUGACGGACAUGAUCACCUACGCGGAUACUGAUGUUGUGGUGGUUGGCGCUGGCUCUGCGGGGCUCUCUUGCGCCUAUGAGAUCAGCAAGAACCCCAACAUCCGUGUCGCGAUUAUUGAACAAUCUGUUAGCCCUGGCGGCGGUGCAUGGCUUGGUGGGCAGUUGUUUUCCGCCAUGGUUGUGAGGAAACCGGCUCACAAGUUCUUGGAUGAGCUUGAGGUCGAAUAUGAUGAGCAAGAUAACUAUGUGGUUAUCAAGCACGCGGCUUUGUUCACCUCCACUAUCAUGAGCAAGCUCUUGGCUCGGCCUAAUGUGAAGUUGUUCAAUGCUGUUGCUGCUGAGGAUUUGAUUGUGAAGGGUGGAAGAGUGGCUGGAGUUGUGACCAACUGGGCUUUGGUUUCGAUGAACCAUGACACACAAUCUUGCAUGGAUCCUAAUGUCAUGGAGGCUAAAGUGGUGGUCAGCUCUUGUGGUCAUGACGGACCUUUUGGAGCCACUGGGGUUAAGAGGCUCAAGAGCAUUGGAAUGAUUGACUGUGUUCCGGGGAUGAAGGCUCUUGACAUGAAUACUGCAGAGGAUGCCAUUGUCAGGCUUACUAGGGAGAUCGUUCCGGGGAUGAUUGUCACUGGCAUGGAAGUUGCAGAGAUUGACGGAGCCCCAAGAAUGGGUCCAACAUUUGGGGCAAUGAUGAUAUCUGGGCAAAAGGCGGCACAUUUGGCAUUGAGGGCAUUGGGACAGCCAAAUGCUCUAGAUGGAACUCUAAGCGAAGUCAAUACUGCUCAACCAGACCUAAUCCUUGCGGCUGCAGAGACUGAAGAGGUUGUUGAUGCUUAAUUCCCAUGAAUAACAUUUAGGUAAUUGCGCAGGGAAAUCAAUCACCGAAAAGGACAACCAAAUCCAUGAUCCUUUUUGUUAGGGGAAAUAGGAUGAUUAAUGUUAGACGCGACAGUGGAAUGUGUACUGCUUUAGCUGCUAGUACCAUGACAUUGCCUUUGCCACAUCUAUUCUCAUUAUUGGGCAUAGCAUCUAGUAUGAUGUGAACCGGAGAAUAAUGCUAUAUGUACAAUGGAGAGGAUGUUGAGGAUUGAAUAAAACAUAUGUGGCAAAGAUUUGUGUGCAUUUAUUAGCAAGUUUACGCUUCAACAACUCAGUAAUCUAAUGUUCCAGAUCAGAACAAGAAUGUACAAUGGAAAAAGUCCAAAUAAAUCUCAUUUGCUCGA